AUGGCGUUCGGCGAUCCCGAGGCGGUGCGGGUGACGGGGGAGGUGCUGCUGAGUGCGGACGAGUCGCACUUAUUCAGCACGCUCAGGGACGUGGUGUCGCACUAUGGAUUGGGAACACAGCUCCGGGUGGCGGGAGGAUGGGUGCGCGAUAAGCUGAUAGGGCGGGACUGCAUAGACAUCGACAUAGCUCUUGACAACCUGCUGGGGAGGGAAUUCGCAGAGAAGGUCACGGAAUAUCUUAAGGAGCGAGGGGAGACGGUGCGGGGCGUGGGGGUCAUUCAGAAGAACCCCGACCAGUCAAAGCACCUGGAGACGGCAACAAUGAUGAUUCACGGCAUGUGGAUUGACUUUGUGAACCUCAGGGCAGAGGAGUAUGCACACGAUUCCAGGAUCCCUCACUCCAUUGAGUUUGGGACGGCAGAGGAGGAUGCGCUGAGGAGGGACUUGACGAUCAACAGCAUGUUUUACAACAUCAGCACGGAGCAUGUGGAGGACCCCACUGGGCGAGGAAUCGCCGACCUGAAUGGGGGUGUCAUCCGCACGCCUCUCCCACCCCACCAGACCUUUCUAGACGACCCUCUCCGAGUGCUUCGGGCGAUCAGGUUCGCUGCCCGAUUCGGCUUCUCAUUGGACGAGGAAUUGCGGAUAGCUGCAGCUUCGGAGGAGGUUCGGGCAGCGUUGGGAAACAAAGUCAGCAAAGAGAGGAUUGGGAAAGAGGUAGAGCUGAUGCUCAAGUCCCGUGACCCCUAUGCGGCCAUCUCCCUCGUGGUCGACCUCAACCUCUUCCCCACCGUCUUCCCACUCCCCCACGCCCCCUCGCACACUGCCGACGUGCCUCCUGACGACGAGUUACCCGGCCUUUGUGAAGCAUCGUUUGCAGCCACUUGCACGCGCCUGCACCAGUGGGAGCAACGCCUGCCCCAGGCUCUGAUUGAUCACGCGUCGGACCUGCGAGUGGGGCUGCUGCUGGCGGCGCUGCUGAUGCCUCUCAGGCACGCGCACUACCUGGAUAGGAAGAAGAAGGAGGUGCCAUUCGCACAACACAUCGUCUUGGACUCACUCAAGCUCAAACGAGCCUACGCUGACAUGGCAGGUGCCCCCACCCUGUAUACUGACGCGGCAGGUGCCCCCACCCUGUAUGCUGACGCGGCAGGUGCCCCCACCCUGUAUGCUGACGUGGCAGGUGGCCUCACCCUGUAUGUUGAUGUGGCAGGUGCUCCCACCCUGUAUGCUGACGUGGCGUGUCCCCCCACCCUGUAUGCUGACGUGGCGUGUCCCCCCCACCCUGUGGUGCUGCUGCAUGCAGCAGCGGAGGAUUUCACUGCCCUAGCGCCCCUGCUGGCCACAGCAGCAGCAGAGGGAGCAUAG